AUGACACGAGCGUUUGCCGUUGUUUUCCUGCCUCCGGCUUUUCUCUGGAGUCUGACCCACGGAUUUGCCAGCCAAUUCGUUGGUUUGCUGCCAGCGGGAACGGGAUCAUGUUCCAGAGAUUUGACCGAGCAUUAUUUUGAUCCUACCGGCAGUAGAGAUUCCGUGCUCUAUUCUUCAGCUGCAGAUGACGACACAAUAGGAGCCGAUGAGCUACCUCCUCCAAACACUGAUACUUCCAUUCUAGAAGAGGUCGAUGUUGCUAUUAUUGGCGCUGGACUUGGUGGUCUCUGUGCCGGAGCCAUUCUAAAUACACUCUACGGCAAAAAGGUGGGUAUUUACGAGAGCCACUAUCUGGCAGGUGGAUGUGCCCAUGCGUUUGAUCGCAAAUCACAAAAAUGUGGAGAAACUUUCACCUUUGAUUCGGGACCGACCAUUCUCUUGGGAUGCAGCAGCCCACCCUUCAAUCCACUGGCGCAAGUGCUACAAGCCGUGGAUCAACCAAUUGAUUGGAUUCCAUAUGAUGCCUGGGGGAUGAUUGAAAAUCCAGGACGAGAGGAACUACUGAAAUGGAGACUGCAAUUGGGCCCCGAUAUCUUUGAGCAGGGACCUCUGCAAGAGUUUGGUGGCCCCACGGCGCUCGAGGAGUUCCAAGCUCUACGGGAAUCUACCAAAGGAUUGCUGGCAGGUGUGGCGAUUCCUGCCAUGGCAAUGAGAGCCGGGAGCACGGCAUUGAUUCCCCUGUUGAGGUACUUUUCCACCUUGCUCGAAAUCAUCCAGCAAGGCGAACUCACCACCUCAACCUUUGCACCGUUCAUGGAUGGACCAAUCUUUCAAGUCAAAGAUCAAUGGCUGCGAAAUUGGUUGGAUGCUCUGGCAUUUUCCUUGUCGGGUCUCCCGGCUUCUCGAACCUCGGCGGCAGCAAUGGCUUUUGUGAUCUAUGACAUGCAUAGGCCCGGGGCUAGUCUGGAUUAUCCCAAAGGAGGCUUUGGAGAAGUUGUCAAUGCUCUGGUUCGGGGAGUUGAGCAAGGGUCUCUGGGUUCUAAAGUCCACUUACGACAACAUGUAGAAACUAUCGAUUGUUCGGAAGAUGGAUCCAAAAUCACUGGCAUUACAUUGCGCAAUGGACGCAGAGUCGAAGCAAAAGAUGGUGUCAUCUGCAAUGUGCCUGUCUGGAGUCUCAGGUCUUUGAUCAAAGACGACAAAAUCCUCUCCAAACUCAACAACAUGCUACCAGAUUUGGCCCCGCAGAAACCUCGUCAGACCUGGGACUUGACAAGUGGAAAGCCCGUCGUAAAAUCGGUUCGCCCCUCGGUAGAUCCUCAGUCCCAAGAAAGCCUUCUGGCCAACUGUGACAUGGCUGAGAUGACGGGUUCUUUUCUUCAUUUACACAUUGCCAUUGACUCAAAGGGGCUCAACCUGGAAGAAAUGGAAGCACACUACACUGUCAUGGAUCGAUCUCUAGCAGGAGAUGGGAGUCCUUCGGAUGGCCCCUGUGGAGAGCUAAACAUGAUUGCUGUUUCGAAUCCCUGUGUGAUUGACAAGUCAUUAGCCCCCGAAGGGUACAUGAUCAUCCAUGCAUACGGGGCAGGCAAUGAGCCGUAUGCACUUUGGGAAGGUAUGAAGCGCAAUUCAGAUGAAUACAAACAACUAAAGGAACAACGAGCAGAAGUGCUGUGGCGAGCCAUUGAAAGUGUAAUCCCAGAUGUUCGCAAAAGAACGGUCGAGCAAUUGAUUGGUUCGCCCAUUACACAUGAACGGUUCCUCAGGAGGCCACGGGGCACGUAUGGGGCGGCCACAGAAGAUUACUUGAAGGAUGGCAGCACGCCCUUUCCCAAUCUUGUCCUUGCUGGAGACUCGAUCUUCCCCGGAAUUGGGAUGCCAGCGUAA